CGCCUCACUGAACAUGUAUGCUUCUCUUCGAAGGAGCUGUUUGAAUUUCGUCGAAAUUUCAAAGGUACAGAAAUUGUUAUAGACAAAUGCUGAAGCUCUGAGGAAGGUUAACUUCAGCUUCUCACGUCCAUUGCCAUGCUUGCUGUAGCCUAGUGACAAAUUAUACUGGUUUGGACAAUGCUGUUCCAGCUACUGCCUCUUGCACUCCUAUCUUUAGGGCUUGCACAAUCUGCAAACAAAAAUGGCCUAAGUAGGCUUGAGGAGGCUUUGUACAAAGGGUAUGACGAAGUUUGGCCUUUCUCAGUGCAAUUUCCAGCGGUCUCUGACUUAAGAGUGAAAAGAACAGACCUGUAUGAAGGCAUUGCAAACCUAGGACAGUGGUCAGAGUAUUCCUUAGGGAAAAUCUUAGAGAAAGCCCUCGAUAAGAAGAAGAUAAAGAUUCUUGUUGUUGGUGAAUCAAUAACACUGGGAGCCAAUUUGGGCUGUCACAAUAACAAAAGGACGUACCACUAUGGCCUAACCAGAUGGUGGCUAAGGACAAUAGUAAAUGCGACUGGCAGCAAACUUGCGAGGCAUCAGAUUGCAGUAGGAGGGGUCGGUACUAAUUACUUUGAUCGUUGCUGGAAGGAAUACCUGAACGCGAACGAAACAUUUGAUCUCGUCCUUUGGGAAUUCGCCUUUAACGAUGCACAAGCUGUCAAUCAAAGCAAAGCAAUCGAGAGGUUCACACGAUCUGUGGCUGGUCUACCAGAAAUACCUGGCCUUAUUUUCAUUAGCUUUUUCAGGAAAAGCUUUUUCGAAAGUUACACCUCUCGGAAAUCUGUGAACCCGUGUGAUAAAAUUGUGGAUGAUAUAAGCAAGAAGCAUGAAUCUCAUGAGUUGACAAUAAAAACAGUAGCGGAAUAUUACGGCAUAACAUUGCUUGACCUGGAGCGAACUGUUUGCAGUGCAUUGGAAGGAAACUCUUCAGCUCUGAGUAUGCAACAUAUGUUUAAUAGAGACCAUCCCUCGUUUUUAGCGCAUGCUCAAAUGACAUUCAUUCUAAUACACUACAUGAGAGCGACUUUUGCUAAUAUCGUUAGAAAACUGAAAUUUUCAAUCCAAAGAGAAUCAAACAUGAGUAACAUUACGCGGUUUAGAUUCAAAAGAAAGCUACAACAUUUCUCUAAAAGAAGCAAAACGAUAAAAUUGGACGGUUCAGCCAAGUCUGCUUCAAAGCAUCACAAAAAAAUUCUUCUUCCUUCAAUAUUUUUAACAAAGGAGGAAGCUGAUGUUUAUGACGAGCCAAUAUGUUGGACUGCAGUCCUUCCAAACAUCCACAAAAAGCCGAAACAUGACUUGUUUGACCUGCAAAUAAAACAUUCUAAAUCUUUCAUGAGGCUUAAGAAAACUGAUUGGCGUGACGCUGAUGAAAAACGAUAUGAUUCAACUGGUGGAUUUUACACAACUAAAGCAAACCAGACUAUUUCUUUUGAUUUCACAAUACCAAAAGUCGAAGAGAAAUCAAAGUGGCAAAUUUCCGUUGCAAUUAGAAACAAGUUUUUUGGCGGGGAUGUUCAGCUUUCGUUGAGAAAUCACGUUAAUAGGAGAGACACUGACCGGGAAGAGCAAGAAGCGACAGAUGUCAUUGAUAGCUCUGUGAAAGUUUACAGUGGAGUCAAUGUUUUUGAUAUCUUAAGAAAAACUGACCCAGGUAAAAAGACUUUGACAAUAAGAACAUUAACAGGGGGUGUUCAUAUAUGUGGAAUCAUCAUAAGCUGAUUGAGUCUGUUUAGCGUUUGCCGAAAGCGGAAAAUACUGGUCAAAGGUUCACACGAUCGUACGAUGAGGGAUGACGCUGGCAUUUUAAUUCUACUGAAAGUUGGAUAUGCGCCUAUAGAUAAGUUUGAAUCGUAAACACAGCUAGGCACCAAGCUCAAAUUGUUUCCACGAUGUUUAUAUACGGGGUGUGGCAGCCUAAAAACAUACCCGUCAAUAUGCGUCAAUCAAAACAUGUGAUAAUACCCCGGCUGUCAGAUUUAACUGUAUCCCAAUUUUUCAAAAGUAUUGAGCUAAGUUCCUGAUUGUAUACUAAACGGUUAACAAAUAUGCCUAACAUAGAAUAAUAUUGGCUGCAAUAAAAACAUGUAUUCGACAUUAGCCUCCACGAGCGAGGACCAUAGUUUUCAUUUUCCUCGUUGCUACGAA